GUUCGCCAUGAGUUCUCUUCGGCUUCGAGUACUUCAAUUACUCCUUCCCCUGAUCCUUGUGAAUUUCGCAAUGGCUCAAGAGGUCAGUGACGAAGAAUGGGCCAAGUACAAAGCCCAAUACAACAAGCACUACAUCUUCAACGACAACUACCACCGAGGUAUAUACAGCAGGAGGGUCCAGGCAGUUGCCGAAAACAACAAGCUCUACGAAGAAAAGAAAGUUGGAUUCAAGAUGAGAAUAAACAAGCUAUCGGACAUAGAUCAAAGUGUACUCAGCAGCUUCCGAACACACGUUAAAAUGCCUCCGGACACGGGGUCUAAUUCCGUGACUAAAACGCCGAGCUACAAGCACUACGAUGAGAUAACCGAGGGAAUCGACUGGCGCCAGUACGGCUACAUGUCUCCGGUGGAAGACCAGGGCUCCGACUGCCAGAGCUGCUGGGCCUUCUCCUCCUCGGGGUGCAUGGAGGCGCAUUUGGCGAAGAAGACCGGCAAGCUGGAGCCCCUGUCCCCCAAACACUUAAUGGACUGUGUUCCCCCUCCGAGCAACGGAUGCGAACGGGGCUGGGUGACCUUGGCCUUCAAGUACGCAAGGAACCAUGCCAUCAAAUCCAAGGAGUCCUAUCCCUACAACCCCCACAAAGACACAUGUCCCUUCGAGAACGAUAACUCUACUGGAAUCCUGAGCGGCCACGUCACUAUGAACAACUACGAUGAGAAGGAAAUGGCCGAGGUGGUCUACAACAUCGGACCAGUGACCGCGUCCAUUGACCAUUUGCACGAGGAAUUCACCGAGUACCAAAGUGGCGUCUUGAACAUUCCCGACUGCCGGAAAGAGAGGAGAAGGCUCACUCACUCAAUGCUAGUGGUGGGUUUCGGAACGGAUCCCGACUGGGGUGACUACUGGCUGAUCAAGAACUCCUAUGGAACGACCUGGGGCGAGAAAGGCUACGUAAGACUGGCCCGAAACGCUAACAAUUCGUGUGGAAUCGCCUCGUAUCCCCAGUACCCAAUACUAAUAGAUUAGGCUAUGCAAAAAGCACUGUUUUAUGUGGCGUAAAAAAUUUAACUAAUUAAUUUAAAGGAUUUAUAAAUAAAUGUUUUCUUAGAAAUAUUU